UUGAUUUAUGGGGUAUCAGAGUAAAGGGGGCUUGUAAAAAAAUCAAAAAGAAAAUGAAUGUAAUGAAGUCUAUGGGGUAUAAUCACAUCUGCAAGGCAGAUUUAUGAUUAUUGUAAAAGGCUUAUUUGAUGGCUGUCUUGUUCUGUUUCCUUCAUUCUCCAAAACAAAUUUACUAAUAGAUCCCAGUAGAUCAAGGUUAAACAUUUUAUUGUCUAAAGCAUCAAAGAAUGCCCUCAGAUUUGGUCUCUUCUGAUUAAGGUGUACUGAGUUCUGGUGGCACCUGUGCAUGUUUCCUAAGGAAUAAAUCAAAAUACAUUACAAACAACCAACACUGGGCCACACAUGAGUGAAUUCCCCACUGACACCACAUGAAGAUGGAUUGAGUAAUAGGAGAGCGGUGACAGCACGCUGCAGCUGCAGGACAGCAGAUGGCACCGCUGCGCCGUUCCUGCGGAUUGUUCUUGGCACGGAGACGCGUCCACGUUGUUCAUACUGUCUGCUUUCGCUCCAGUUCCCCUCUCUGCGUUCCACCCUCACUCUCUGCCUCUCCAGCUUACAGUGUGCACCUAUCUGUCUCCCAGAAGCAUCAGCAGCCUUUCCAUUAGUCUCCGCGCUACUACGGCGCAAAGGCAUGGCAGUUCUGCGCCCGGAACGAGCGGUCUCACCCGCUGCGAAUCUCUGCAUCUUCCUAUUGACCGCCGCGGCGGUGUGGACGGCGCUGCCCGGAGCCGUGCGUUGUGACAGCGGGUCUUUAAGCCGGCGCAGCGGGGAAGAUCAGGCGUUUGACGCGGGCGGCGGGGAGAGAGGCUCCACGGCGGACGCGGGGAGUUCAUCGCGCUUCAGGAGAGCCACGUCCUGGGAUAAACAGAUGUCCCUGCUCAGCAGCUCGUUUGUGCUCAAAGGAGAUGCAACGCACAACCAGGCGAUGGUCCACUGGACAGGAGAGAACAGCAGCGUCAUCCUGAUUUUGACCAAGUAUUACCAUGCCGACUCAACCAAGGUGUUGGAGAGUUCGCUGUGGAGGUCUACUGAUUAUGGAACAACCUACACCAAACUCAACCUGAUGCCGGGGACAACCAUUGUGGUGACGAGUUUCUACAUCUGUCCCACCAACAAGAAAAAGGUUGUCAUGGUGGGCUCAUCUAUAAACGAACGAGAUCAGAUGCUCUUUAUCAGCACAGAUGAGGGCUCUUCCUUCCAACGGCAGUCAGUUGACUUCACACCAGAGACCGUCAUCUUCCACCCAAAAGAAGAAGACAAACUGCUGGCAUACUGCAAGGACGGACGGCUCUUUGCUUCGACCGAUCUGGGGCGCAAGUGGACUUUACUUCAAGAGAGGGUGACCAAGGACAGAAUCUUCUGGUCUGUAUCCGGUGUGGAUUUGGAUCCUGACCUGGUGCACAUGGAAAUGCAAGAUUCAAGUGGAGGUUACCUCUAUGUUACCUGUCUCAUCCAGAACUGUUCAGACAAGAUGGUGACCGCUCAGUUUCUGGGUAAAAUUGAUCACAAUUCGCUGCUGGUGCAAGAUGAUUACGUAUUUGUGAAGGUCACCACGGGUAAUCGCACCAAGCACUAUGUGUCCUAUCGACGUAAUGAGUUCGUCCAGAUGAGGUUUCCCAAGUAUGCCCUGCCAAAGGAUGUUCAUAUAGUGAGUACGGACGAGAGCCAGGUGUUCCUCGCCCUCCAGGAGUGGUACCAGUCGGACACAUAUAACCUGUACCAGUCGGACUCCCAAGGUGUGUACUACUCCAUGAUCCUGGAAAAUGUACGCAGCACCAAGCAGCCGGAGGAGAAUGUCCUCAUUGAUAUCCUGGAGGUCCGUGGAGUGAAAGGAGUUUUUCUUGCCAAUCAGAAGAUGGAUGGAAAAGUGACCACUCGUAUCACUUAUAACAAAGGACGGACCUGGGAACCCUUGACCCCACCCACCACGGAUAUGAACGGCAAACCAGUCAGCUGCAAAGUACCGGAUUGCCACCUCCACCUCCACCUGCGCUGGGCAGACAAUCCCUAUGUUUCUGGCACUGUCCACACUAAAGACUCAGCUCCAGGUCUCAUCAUGGGCGCUGGUAACCUCGGCUCCAAACUUGUAGAGUAUAAGGAAGAGAUGUACAUCACUUCAGACUGUGGGAAGACAUGGAGACAGGUUUUUGAAGAGGAACAUCAUAUCCUGUAUCUGGACCAUGGUGGAGUCAUUGUUGCCAUCAAGGACACCUCUAUUCCCCUCAAGAUACUGAAGUUUAGUAUUGAUGAAGGAAGAACCUGGAAUAUUCACAACUUUACCAGCACGUCUGUGUUCGUUGAUGGACUCCUGAGUGAACCAGGAGACGAGACCCUUGUUAUGACGGUGUUUGGCCACAUCAGCUACAGGUCAGAUUGGGAGCUGGUCAAAGUAGACUUCAGGCAGUCUUUCCCACGUCAGUGCACCGAGUCAGAUUACGAGUCCUGGCAGCUCACAGACUUGCAGGGAGAAAGAUGCAUUAUGGGCCAAGAGCGGACUUUCAGGAAGAGAAAGGAGGGCACCUUCUGUAUAAAGGGAAAAAGCUACACCUCCGCUCUCACCACGAAGCCCUGCCAGUGCACCGACAAAGACUUCAUCUGUGAUUACGGCUUUGAGCGCUCCUACAUGGAGGGGGAUCGAUGUUUCCCUGACUUCUGGCAUGAUCCAGAAUCACCCCCUGAGAACUGCCACCUUGGACAGAACUACGAGUCUAGCACUGGCUACAGGAAGGUGAUAGCAAACACUUGUGAAGGAGGCCUUAACAAGCAGCAAAGUGCCAAACAGCACAGCUGCCCCCUAUUGCCCCCUAAAGGACUGAAGGUCGGCAUUAAAGGCCAGAUGCUGGCUGUGGCUUCUGGUGAUGACGUCACGUUUAUUGUCCAUCAGGAGCAGGGCGACACGAGCAGCACAAAGUAUCAGGUGGACCUCGGUGAUGGGGUUCGAACCAUUUACCAGAACCUGACGGUGACGGAUGAGCCCAUCCAACAUCGUUAUGAAAACCCGGGCAUUUACAAGGUUACGGUGAAGGCGGAAAACAUUGCGGGACAUGACGAGGCCACCAUGUACAUCCAGGUCAUAGACCCUCUGCAGGAAGUGCACCUGGAAGCCGUCCCCAUCGCCAGGAGAAACCAUGAAGUCAAUCUGACGGCUGUGGUUCUUCCCACUGAAGCCAACCUGACUAUCUAUUACUGGUGGCUCGGUGACAGCUUGAAGCCCAAACUGACCCUGCAGAACAGCCUUUUGACCCGUUUCCCAGAGAGCGGAGAAGUUUCCGUCACCGUCCAGGCUUCCAACGGCCGUUCCAUGGUACAGGAUACAAAGAUUGUCAGAGUCUAUGAUAACUUUCAAGUCAUCCCUCUGAGCUUCAGCAGGAACCUGGACCGUUUUAACCCGAACAUCCCAGAAUGGCGGGAUGACAUCGGCCAAGUGGUCACCAAGCUUCUAGCUAAGACCACAGGUGUACCGCAGGAUUCCCUAGUUACUGUUGUUAACCCUGGCCUCCCAACUACUGCUGACCUGUAUGUACUACCACUGGACUCCAAACCAGCCAAGGGGAGUUUAUUUGUAGAUAAGCGUAUUCCAGCAGUUGUGCAAGCUUUCAACGACAAGAAUAUCAGCUUUAUGGUCCGGGGAGGUCUACGGGUGCUGGUGAUGUUAGCCGACCCAAAUGCAGGUCUAAUUGCUAAUGACUCAGUAGGCCCAACGGCAGAGGAUGGCUACCAUGGAGCAGCUGGAGGUCCAGGUGUUUGGGCACUAGCUGUCAUAUUCCUAAUAAGCGUAAUUGGCACUGGGUCAUUCAUUCUUUACAAGUUUAAAAGUCCUUGGAUUAGGACUGAGGAUUCCUAUCCUCCACUGUUUUUCAGGAAGCUUCCCGGAAAUCGCAACAUCUAUGCCCAGAUGCAUAAUGAGAAGGAACAGGAGAUGACCAGCCCUGUCAACCACAGCGAGGAUACCCAGCACAUCAUCCAAGGCGAGGAGUUUAUCGAUGACGACCUGGACUCGCAGACUCUAGGUAACGCAGGAGGUAGCCCCACCUUCCGCUCUCUUAUAAGGACUACCACUAACCACUGCUACUAAAAUCCAGGCAUUAACUCCAGCAGCUAACAAACACCAAGGCAACCACUCAGGUGUGAUCCUGAGCAUCAACUCCAGAGAAUUACACGGUUACCUGAGCAGCUGAUGGCUGACAGGGCAAUGCUGACGGGCUAGCCCAGCCUAGCCGAGCCAGCUAACAAGCACAGGGACUCUGACUUCCUCCUCUUUUUUUCCUUUUCCUUCUUUCACAUUGGAAACCGAUCUACCCAACAGCCUUUUCAAUUUUUAUGUUAUCUGUUUGAAUUUGUAUUCGACAUCCAUUUCUUCUCCUUUCAAAUGAUCUCAUCUCUGAAAACAUGUUUAAUGUGUUGAUGGCUUAUCAGUGCUUAAAAAGGUGCAUUAAUAGUUUGACAUUCAACAUGCUUAAAAUCAGCAAGCACAACUCCCCUUUCUGGCUUCAACUGGUAUUUAAGAUGGUUGAAUGUUUUUGGCCAGUAGUGACUGAAAUUAGGCUGCACCUACAGUGCCUUGCAAAAUUAGUAAUACCACCUUUCCUUAUAUCACAUUUUGUGAUGUUGCAGCUACAAACAUUAAUGUAUUAUUCUGGGUGUUCAUGACACAAAGUAGUGUAUGUUUGUGAAGUGGAAAGAAAUGAUAAAUUUAGCCCCUACUCAGUCAGAAUAGAUUGACAGCAUCUGUGGACAAGAGUUUUGACACACAUUCACAGCUUGAUUUAAGUUGGUACUUUGACUAGGUCAUUCUAAGAAGUAAGUAUGCUUUACUCUAAACUGCUGCAUUGUGACUUCAGCUGUGCAUUCAGUGCUAACGUCCUACUGGAGGACGAAUUUUGUUUUCUAUGUUGUAGGCUGUUUUUCAGCAUCAGUCUUCCCCUCCACAGUGUCCCCACAGCAUCAUGCUAUCACCACUGUGUUUUACGCUGGGGAUGGUGUGUUCAGAGUGUUGCCUUGUUAGUUUUCACACUGCACGUAGUGUUUUUUAUGUAUUCCAAAAGGUUUCAUCUGACCAGAGCACUUUCUUCCACAUGUUUGUUGCGCCCACUCAAUAGCUUCUCAGGUACUGCAAACUGAAAUUAUUUUUGUUUCAACAAUGGAUUUCUUGUCACUUUUCUAUAAAGGCCAGUUAUUUGGGCGCUAAACCAUUUGUGGCACUGUCGACCGAUUCCCAAAGUCCAAAGACAUGCCUGUUAGGUUAAUUGGUCACUCUGAAUUGCCCUUAAGUGUAUGAAUGAGUGUGUGCAUGGUCGUUUGUGUGUUGCCCUGCGAUGGACUGGCGACCUGUCCAGGGUGUACCCUGCCUCUCGCCCAUAGACUGCUGGAGAUAGGCACCAGCUGCCCUGCGACCCACUAUGGAAUAAGCGGUAGAAAAUGACUGACUGUUUCAUUUUCCUUUAACCUCACAAGCAUGCAAUAGUAUUUUGAUCAAUCACUAAUUACAUUGAGGUUUGUGGUUGUAACGUGUGGAAAUAUAGAAAUAUCUAGGGGUAUAAAUACUUUUCCAAGGCACUGUAAAACACUGGUUAUAUUUGAGCAUUAAAUGUAGGCUUUGCUGGGGUAGUAAAGUAAAAUGAAAGAUGAGCCAGGUUUUAUUUUUGUACUUGGUAUUUACGUUUUUUCUCCCCAAAGUUACCACUCCACUCCUCUCAUUUACAAGGCAAUAAUAAUCUCAAUAGAAUGUACAGUAUAAUAAACCCUUGUGUAUUUGCAUAUGAAGAAAAUAAGCAUGCAAACACAAGAGGGCGGUGUUGCACUUUCUUGAAUUUCCACUCACAGGUACUUCUCACCUCCUUGGGAUGACAUUAUGUACACAUAGCUUUGAUCAUUUCUCAUUAUCCUACAUCAUCAUUGUUCUGGAUCCUUGUUUAGCUGUGACUCAUCCUAGAAGAUUGAUCACCGUAUUUUAAGUCAGUAUCAACUCUGUCUGUCCCAUGGUGCCUAAGACAGCAGACUUAGGUCUGCUCUGUGACAUUCUCUGUUGUCAUGUUAUUUGUCUUUAAAAAAAAAGAAAUGGCCCUUUCUGUUCCUCCUCCUUACACGUUCUGGGGUCAGAGCAGACUCUGUCCCCUGGAGACAAAGGUUGCCAACACGGGAAGAAAGGGGGUAGUUGAUGUAUUCUGUAUCAGCCUAUAUUAGGCAUAGCCCACGGUGGAAUCUUGUCUCUUUAAAGGUUUGGUUUGUUGUAUGUAAAUGUGUAAAUAUGAACAGCGAAUUCCACUUUGUACAUAUUCCCAUCAACAUGUGUGUUUGUGUUAAACACAACUACAAAAAUCAAUGGCAUUGUUGUUUUUUUUUUUCUUCUUCUGGAUAGAUUUGCCAAUUAGUUUCUUAACUAUGAAAAAAGUCACAGUUUCCAGUUUCAUUAUCAUUGCUUGCUUUACAUGUAUCCAUUUUCAAUAUGACUGUGUUUUAUGAUGAGGAAUAUUUCACACUUCUUAUUGUUAACUGGAAGUAAUUUUGUUGUCUCAAAAAGACGCCGACCGCUACUGUAUACAGUAAUGAUGAUCUAUAUGGAUAUUUUUGAUACACGUGGUCAAUUUUUUGCUGUAUGUGUGAACACAGGUUAGUGUUUCUGUUGGUCUCUUACUGAUGACUUUCUGUGGGAUUGAUUGCACUAACGGAUGAAGAAGUAUGGGACAGGAGCUGAACAGUCUAACAAACUCUAAAUCUGAAGCCCUUUGCAGGCCACCAAUGCCGCCACUGUUGUCAAGACCACCCUUCAGUUUAUCUUGUAUUUAAUACGGCACAUGACAUUCGCUUGUUUACACCUUACAUCAUCUUUUGUACAUAUUCAGCACAUGUUCCAGUUAGUUUUUGUAGUGAGGUGUCGUCAUUGUGUCAAUGUUCCUAUAAGCAAACGGGAACGUGAGGGAUUGUGAUUUUCCACUGUACUAGUCCAGGAUUUUCACGGAUGAUGACACUGACGUUGUGAUUUGUACCACGCUGCUUUUUCUUCGGUUGCUUUUCUAUUCGCUGGUUUGUUUGAGCUCUUCGUUUCUGUGCUGUCUCUUCAGGAAGCAUAAUGCACUGAACCUGCAUCCUGAAAUAAAUCACUCCCAUAACUUGUA